AUGCCGCUAACCGCCUUUCUUUCUUGGAUCAUAGCGCUAUCAACAGUCUCAGCCAGGAAAAGAUUAUAUGUAUCCCCGCGUAGUUUUGUUCUCUGUGCGGUCUGCUCACCCCCACGUCUAUCUAUCUAUCUAUCUAUCUAUCUAUCUAUUCUCUCUCAAAAUGAAGAACAGCAAGUUAGUCUCUCUCAAAAUGAAGAACAGCAAGUUAGUCUCUCUCAAAAUGAGGAACAGCAAGUUAGUCUCUCUCAAAAUGAAGAACAGCAAGUUAGUCUCUCUCAAAAUGAAGAACUGCAAGUUAGUCUCUCUCAAAAUGAAGAACAGCAAGUUAGUCUCUCUCAAAAUGAAGAACUGCAAGUUAGUCUCUCUCAAAAUGAAGAAGAACUCUCAGAAGAACUGCAAGUUAGUCUCUCUCAAAAUGAAGAACUGCAAGUUAGUCUCUCUCAAAAUGAAGAACUGCAAGUUAGUCUCUCUCAAAAUGAAGAACAGCAAGUUAGUCUCUCUCAAAAUGAAGAAAUGCAAGUUAGUCUCUCUCAAAAUGAAGAACUGCAAGUUAGUCUCUCUCAAAAUGAAUAA